AUGGCGGGCAGACAGUCGGUAAGACUGCUCGCACGGCAGCUUGCGACGCAGCGCUCUCACGCCCAACAUCAAAUCCGCCGACCCUUCUCUAAUACCUCGUGCUACCUUGAAGCGCACAAUUUCACGAUGCCGGCCAUGUCUCCGACCAUGACAGAGGGCAAUAUCUCCAGCUGGAAAGUCAAAGAAGGAGACUCCUUCUCGGCAGGCGAUAUCCUGCUGGAGAUCGAGACGGACAAAGCUACAAUGGACGUCGAGGCGCAGGAAGACGGAGUGAUGGCCAAGAUCUUCGCCGAGGAAGGGUCCAAGGCAGUCAAAGUCGGCACGAGAAUAGCAGUGCUCGGUGACGCCGGCGACGAUGUCUCGAGCCUCGAAAUCCCGGCCGACGACUCGAAACCUACCGAGUCACCGGCGGACAAUGUUCAGGGAGACAAGGAAGACGGAAACAAGUACGAGUCUUCUGGCGUUGAGAAAGAAAUCCCAGGCACACCCGAAAACAAGAGACCGGCGAAAGACAAGCCCAAGACGAGUCCGAGUGGCCCUGGCCAGAACCCCAAAUACCCUCUCUACCCCUCCGUGAUAGCUCUUAUUCACGAAAAGCACAUCCCAGACGAGGAAGUCCUCAAGAUCACAGCCACCGGACCCAACGGCCGUCUCCUAAAGGGUGACGUGCUCGCCUACCUGGGCACUAUCGAGUCCGACUACCCGUCCAAGCAGUCGAAGCGCAUCCAACACCUCGAACAUCUUGACCUGAGCAAUAUCAAACUGCUCCCUACGCCGACGAAACCUGCGGGGACAGCGCCGACGACGGAAUCAGCUACCGCCCCCGUACCAGAGGCGCCCAAGGUGACCAGCAUCACCAUCACCAUCUCCCUGGCCGAAGUGCUCAAGGUGCAGAAACGAAUCCAAGACACCCUGGGCACGACCAUACCUCUGUCAACCUUCCUCGCCCGCGCCGUCGACCUCGCCAACGACGACCUGCCCAACCCCAGGGGCACAAAACCUUCGGCGAACGACCUCUUCAACGCCGUGUUGGGUCUGGACACCAUCCCCACAACAUCGCGCGGCACGUAUCUGCCUCAGAUCGAUGCGUUCGCGACGACCUCGUCCCCCUCGUCCUCCUCGGCGGUGCGCAGAGCCAGUCCCGCGAAGCAGCAUGAUAUCAUUGACAUUCUCUCGGGCAAGGUUAUCCCUAAGCGCGCAGCACCACCGCGAUCAUCUACUGCUGCUGCGGCAGCAAGCCGAGGUCUAUCGACGGCCGACGGCGCCCUCAACACAUUUAGCCUGACCGUGCCCGCAGGCGAAGAGAAGCGAGCGAGGACGUUCCUCGAGCGAGUCAAGACCGUGUUGCAAGUCGAGCCGGGAAGGUUGAUUCUCUAG